AUAGACUUUGACAGUCUGAGUUACGCCUUCUUCCAAAAUGAAAACAACGACAGUCAACUUCGUUUGUUACGUGCUAAUGACAACAGAAGGAUCUCUUUGAAAAAGAAUUGGAGAAACUGUGCGGUGGACGUAGCUUCAUCUUGGUUUAUUGGAUGUGAAGGCGUCACCAAAGGAAUCAGUAACAAAGCGUUCAACAUAUGGCAAGGAAAGGAUAGAAAAUACCAUCUUAAGGUGAGAAAAUCCUCGAGUUAUCUGACAUUGUAUUAGUUGGCAUUGUACUAUGCAGGCCUUCUCAAUAUGUUCUUUGCUUCCACGAAAAAGAUUUUUAGCACCUUUGUUAACACAAACAUUUACAAACCCAGAAACACAAAAGUGAGGGAGUUGUGUGAUCUUCGCGCACUUUUCGAAAGAGAAAAAGAGCAUAUCCUCCACCUAAGAUUGUUACUACUUUUGGCCAAGAAGAACGAAGCAACACUGCACUGCUCUACGUAUAAUUUAGAACAUCAGUAUAGAUUUAAAAAAGCAGUGUAUGUGGAGGGGAGUGGUUUUAGCUUUUCCUUACUGAAGGUUUAAGCUGCGGCUUAAAAAGAAGGCACGCAGAUACUCUUCUAAAAAUGUAAAUAUCGUUUGGUUUGUAGGUGACGAGCAAUCCAUCUUAUACUGAUAUACUGAAAGGGAAAAUCAUCAAAAUAACCAUCCACUGCACAAAGCCAAACCGCUUCAGGAAGAUGCUGUUCAAAUUCGAAGGAGCAUUAAAUUGUAAGCUAUGACGUAUUAUUUUUCUUCUGAUGUAGUCUUUAUGUUCGUUACCUUACAGAAUUUCAAAGAAAAAUAAGCCAAUAGUUAAAAACUAAGACAGCUCAUCAUUAUUAAGUUGACAUCACGCAGACUUUGAAAGUGAUUAUAGCUAGCUCAUCAUUUUUUUGCUAUAUUUUUUAAGUACAAAUUCCUUUUAAAAACCUUCGCGUAAUACAGCGCAUAUAUAAAAAACGCUGGGUUUGUGUAGUCGGCUUCUAAAAAAACAUUUUAUUUUCCUUGAAUGCAUUAUUACGUUGUUAUUCUUGUAGGCUCGAUUUCCGUACCCAAUUUGCAACCGUCAGUCCCAACAACAAUGACAACAGCAAUAGAAGAAGCAACAGCAUCAUCAUCAUCAUCAUCAUCAUCAUUAUUGUCAUCGUCAUCGUCGUCAUCGCGACCAUCACCAUCCUCAACCUCAUUCUCAUCCUCCUUCUCCGCACCAUUGCCGUUUUCGUCUUUGUUAUCACCAUCAUCAACAACAACUAAAACAACAGCUUCCAGAAGUAAUACUCUGCCCUUGGUUAGUGCGUCAGAAACUACUUACACGAGUACUUUGGACAUUCCACCGAUUAUCUCUCACAAAACUAUGACUGUAUUCACAACACCAUCACUAAUCUUUGAUAGUACACAAAGCUUCUCUAACAGCCCAGUGACAACUUCCUACGGUCUACAAAGUACUACUACUACUGCAGCCGUGCAAUUAUUUCACAGUCCAUCAUCAGUCACUAUCUCUACCUCAAUCAUCUCCAUAAUCACACCUACGAGCUCUAUUGGCACACCCGCUUCAAGCAGCGUUGUUCCAUCAUCGGUCAGCACCUCUACUUCAGCCAUCUCCAUAAUCAAACCUACGACCUCUAUUGCCACACCCGCAUCAAGUAGCGUUGUUUCUUCCCAGUCUACUUCAUCAAAAGUUCAACCGACAAGCUCCGAAAUUUCUCCAGCAGAUUUUUUUCCAUCAACAAAAUCAGCCGAUCCAGGAAAAAGUCCUCAUGUAAGCAUUGCAUUAAUUGUAAAAAUACCAAUGCGCUAAGAGUAUACAACAAUGAUACCGACAUGACGAUAAGGUAACUUGCUGUAUAGCAUGAACUUUUCUAAUAAUAAUAAUCAUAAAAAUAGGUCACCAGAUGUUAGUCAUUUAUGGAAGCUAAACGUCCAUUUAUGGUGAAGACUGCUGUUCUGAUGAACAUAAAAAUGACAAUUAUAUCAACAUAUAUAUUCAUGUUUCUAGAUGUUUAGUAUGCCCAUAAUGCUGAAAAUAGCUCACCAAAUGUCGAUCACUUACCAAAGACGCAGGUUUAAGGGUCGGAAAACGUUUAUCCGAAUAUCUGGAGUAAAAAUCGUAUAUGUAAAAUUAAAUGGCAAUUAAUGGAAAAAAUAAUCAAGGAAGAUUAUGACUUUGUUUCCACAGUCGAUUCUCACCUUGCGGACACCCAGUUAUAAAGGACAACCCGAUCACUGGGACAUCAACUAUGUGGAUCCCGGGCGAAAAUAAUUUACAGAUGAUUGAGUGAAAUUUAUUCCCGCUAUUAUGGACUCUAGAUAAUGAUGAAACUGACUCGAAGUCUCUACAUUGUUAUCUGUUAAGGGAGUUGAUUGGAAUUAGUUUGUUUCACAAGGUGAUGUACUGACUGUUUAUGUAUAUUUUUCUUGUGUCCCCUGUAAAGGUUCUCAGCAAGUCCUUCCCCGGCCAAGAGCAGCAACACAGUGCAGAUGACUCAUCCUCCUUAGGAAUCAUCUCCGGAAUCGUUGCCUCCAGUCUACUUAUAAUCUUUAUAAUUGUUGGCUUGCUGUUGUACCGACACGGCGGCUUAAGGUAUCUGAUAUUUUGCAUAUCUGUUUGUGCAACUGACAUUUUGAAUUGGUUGUCGUUAUCAGUGUCAUUUUUAAAUUAAGAGGAGAAACUGUGACUGGAAACCCAUUGGGAACCAGGAGAAGUAUUAGCUUGGCACAAAAGGUUCGCUGGUUAUUCCUUUUAAAACUCAACAUGGCUGGUUCCUGGAGUCGUAUUAACAAUAGCAUUCAUGUAUUUCAGUACCCGUUCUUGUACCAAAACAAGGAAAUGCUCACGUCUCGGAGAAAAAAAAAUAGAAAAGAAAAGCUUACUACUUAAUUGGUUGAUUCAGAAAUUAUGCAACUAUAAACAAUGUAUCAUUAUAUUUUUUCAGUGAGAUGCCAUGUUCAAGAAGGAAGAGAGAGGUAAGCAGCGUGUAUAAUUCUUUUAGUGAAAUAAUUACAAGCCGUUGUGAUUCAUGUUUUUCAUUAUUUUAUUUCUGCUCAUAGAAUUCAUCGAGUUCGUCUAAAACAAGCCAAAUUAGGAUAGCUCAUAAACCAGACGGUGAUGACCUGUACAAUGAGCUCACACUUGAAGGACCGCGUAAGUGUCAAAGUUGCAAAUAUGUGGAGAAAUGUUUCCUUCUGAACAUCUGGGGUAAGGUAUUAGGCAUUCGGGGUUAUUCCUGUAUCAGGAGUUUUCACCUCAUCGUACACCUUGUACACGUCGCAUAUAGGAGUGCUGGCCUCUUGCAGAAAUAUAAUACGUCUCUAGUAGUCUUUAGUAGUUCUCUAAGCCUUACAGAGUUUGUUUUAUGUAUAAGUACUGCGAUCGAGACAGAGGGUUUGCUAUUUCAGUUUCGGUCAUUUCGUGGUUAUCUUCGAGUGCUGGCUCCGUCUGAAAUCGAGCCGGGCCUACCAUUUGGAAGUCUAUAGUAAACAAGCAAUCGAGUUAAACAGCUUGGAAAUUUGUUCAAUAGACUAAAAAAGUGACUUUUUUGUCACUCUUGUAUGAUGCUGAGUAUGCUUUGUAUGUUUUCUUACAGCAGCACUGUAUGCUUCCACCUACGAUAUCCCCAACCCUCUAUACAGAGACGAGACACUUAGUAGGGGUGAGAACCAGACACAACCCGGCAUCGAUGAUCAUUUCUACGCUCCCUUAAACUUUCAACAGGGAUGCAAUAUCUAUGGACUUGGCAGUAAUCAAGAUACUAAUGACAGCAUUUACCAAAAUUAUGGUGCCUUUUCUAUAGAACAACCCAUCUACAGCCUUCUAGAAGAAUUAACCACAGUACAACCAAUGAAAAAGCCUACACAAGAGAGCUCUGAACCCGUGUACAACGUUCCAGACGAACCAGAUCAGGAACUUUCAGGGAAUCCCAAUCAUUUUGACUCUAUUUUUCCAGAACAGCCAGUUUAUAACACUUUAGAAAGUCCUUUUGGAUCGGGAGAAGAUCCGGAAUGUAUAAAUGAACCAAUAUAUAACGUUUUGGAGGAG